ACUUCGUUUCCUUCACAUUCAGUUGUUUGUAAUAACGUUUAAGUCUAUUCUUCUUCUUCAUAUCUCUUAUCUUCUUGUCCUUCUUCCAAUCAGUUUUACAACUGGAUCUGGUUGGAAAGUAUCCCUGGAGAAUCAAGAACCAACCCAUCUUAAACAUAAUGCCUGAAGAUGGCUGUUGAAAGGGUGAAAAGAGACUGGUUCAUGGUUUGGUUUUUAGAUUUUAGUUUGAGGGGUGUUAAUGUAGGUGAAGUGGAGAGUAUGAAGCCGGAUUUAUGAUUAUUUAAUGCAGUUUAUGUGAAAAUCGAGGGACAUUUAGAGUUUCAAGGAGUGCUUAGUUAUUGUCUUAAUUAACUUCUCUUGUGGAAUCUCCUUGUCUUUUGUGUGGAGAUACUAUUUAUUUCCUUUUUGUGUUAUUGCAAUAAUCAAGACUCUCUGAAUCUUGCAUCAUCGUAAUCUAAAGUACAUGUAUGUACUUGAGAUUUAAAGAUCAAGAAGAGGAUUCACUAAAUUCAAGGCUUGUUAUUAAGGUAGCAGAUUAAGGAAGUGGACAGGAGGGGAUGUGUAAAGUGGAGAAGAGUAAUAAGAAGUGUGAGUACAGGAAGAAGCACUGGAAGAUAAUGGGGUUUAAGUACUUUCUGGGUGAAAAUAAUAAGGGUGAGAAGAUAAAGAGUUCUGCAAGUGAAAUGGCUUCCAAGUCUCGGAUUAAGCUGUGGAUGAUUAGAGCGAUCACCACUGUUUUGCUUUGGACUUGUGUUGUUCAGUUGAUGACACUGGGGGAGAUGUGGGGGCCAAGAUUGUUGAAGGGUUGGCCUUCUUGUUUCUCUCAUUCUGAAUUGCCUUUGUCUGUGGAAUUGUCUUCUCUUCCCUCCAAAGUUGUUCUUCCACCAAAGAGGGUUUAUAAGAAUAAUGGCUAUUUGAUGGUUUCUUGCAAUGGAGGACUCAAUCAAAUGCGAGCAGCUAUUUGUGACAUGGUGGCUAUUGCCAGAUACUUAGAUGUCACUCUUAUUGUCCCAGAGCUUGAUAAAACUUCAUUUUGGAAUGAUCCAAGUGAGUUCCAAGACAUUUUUGAUGUUGAUCAUUUCAUUAAUUCCUUGAGAGAUGAAGUUCGAAUUCUGAAAGAAUUACCACCAAGGCUUAAAACAAGAGUUGAACUGGGAAUGUUUUACUCAUUGCCACCUGUUAGUUGGUCUGAUAUUUCUUACUACCAUAAUCAGAUUCUUCCCCUGCUGCAGAAGUACAAGGUUGUACAUUUAAACAAAACUGAUGCAAGGCUUGCUAACAAUGGACUACCAAUUGAGAUUCAGCAGUUGCGGUGCAGAGUAAAUUUCAAUGCUCUGAGAUUCACUUCUCAGAUAGAGGAAUUGGGAAGAAGGGUUGUGAGGAUUUUGAGGGAAAAGGGGCCAUUUCUGGUGCUUCAUCUCAGGUAUGAAAUGGACAUGUUAGCUUUUUCUGGUUGCACUCAUGGCUGCACUAGUGAGGAGGUUGAAGAACUAACUAGAAUGAGGUAUGCUUAUCCAUGGUGGAAGGAAAAAGUCAUAAACUCUGACUUGAAAAGGAAAGAAGGCUUGUGCCCUUUGACACCAGAAGAAACAGGUCUAGUGUUAAGAGCAAUAGGCAUUGAUCCUAAUGUUCAAAUUUAUAUUGCUGCUGGGGAAAUAUAUGGUGGAGGAAGAAGGAUGGCAACUUUGGCAGAGGCUUUUCCUAAUUUGGUUAGAAAAGAGACUUUGCUUGAACCCUCAGAUUUGAAGUUCUUCCAAAACCAUUCCUCACAAAUGGCAGCUCUAGAUUACCUUGUAUCCCUAGAGAGUGAUAUAUUUGUUCCUACAUAUGAUGGAAACAUGGCGAAAGUUGUCGAAGGCCAUCGCAGGUUCUUGGGGUUCAAAAAGACAAUUUUACUAGACAGAAGGCUUCUGGUGGAUUUAAUUGACAGAUACAACAGUGGCUCAUUGAGCUGGGAUGAAUUCUCCUCAAUUGUAAAGGAAGUUCAUGCUGAUCUGAUGGGCAACCCAAAGCGACGCCUUGUCAUGCCAGAUAAACCGAAGGAAGAAGACUAUUUCUAUUCGAAUCCGCAUGAAUGUUUGCAGUUAUUAGAUGAACCAUUAAGGAACACAUGAAUUUGGUCAUGCCAAUGAGAUGGUUGCCUCAUUCUAUACAUAAUUUAUCAAACACAGUGGCCUUAUUCUUUUCUGGAAAUUAAGUUUUAAGAGGACUUAGGAUGAAGCCUUUACAAUAAUUUAUACAUCAAACCAGCAGAUUCAUGUAGAGUGAAAAGGCCAAAAAUCCACAAGUGAUCAUCUGCUCUGUAAAGGGAAAACUUUUUGUCUUUUUUAUACUUUCAGAAAGAAAAAGAAAAAGAAGUUUGACA